AUGCAGAGGGGCAGGAAGGAAGGAAGGAAGGGAGCCGCUGUGGGGGGAAAAUUCAGCUGUCUAAUGGAGUGUGAGUGCAAGAUAGAGGACUGCCAGACUGGUGGCUACCACUUUUAUGAUAAAACUAAGGCAAUUGCCUGUAGAGCUGUGUGUAUAAGUCCACAAGUUUUAUGA